ACACACAAACACUAAUCCAAACCAAAGAGAAAAAAAAAACCUCAACAUUUGUCCAAAGCCAACAAAAAAAUGGGCACCGCUGAUCAAGUAGACCCUUACUACAACGGCGCCACCGCGGGCCACCGCGUCGAGAUCCCGCCUCCACAGCCAUUCUCGACGUCGCUUAAGAACACCCUCAAGGAGACAUUCUUCCCGGACGACCCCCUCCGCCAGUUCAAGAACCAGCCCCCGAGGAGGAAACUCCUCCUCGGGCUGCAGUACGUCUUCCCGAUCAUCGAGUGGGGCUGCCAUUACACUCUCAGCUUCUUUAAAGCCGACCUCAUCGCCGGAAUCACCAUCGCCAGCCUCGCCAUUCCUCAAGGAAUCAGCUAUGCCAAGCUUGGCAAUUUGCCUCCAAUUCUUGGCCUUUAUUCAAGCUUUGUUCCUCCAUUGAUCUACGCGGUAAUGGGGAGCUCGCGGGACUUGGCCGUCGGGACGGUGGCCGUCGCGUCGCUCCUGAUUGCCGCCAUGCUCGGGGAAGUCAUCGACCCGCAGAAAGACCCGCAGCUCUAUCUCCAUCUCGCCUUCACGGCGACUUUCUUCGCUGGCCUCUUCGAGGCGACUAUGGGCAUUUUCAGGCUAGGGUUCAUAGUGGAUUUUCUAUCACAUGCAACAAUAGUAGGAUUCAUGGCUGGAGCAGCAACGGUUGUGAUUUUGCAACAAUUGAAAAGUAUUUUAGGGCUUGAACAUUUUACUCACAAGACUGAUGUCAUCGAUGUAUUGCAUUCUAUUUUCACUCAAACUCACGAGUGGAGAUGGGAGAGUGCUCUAUUGGGAUUUGUUUUCCUAUUCUAUCUCCUAAUUUCGAAAUACUUUAGCAAGAAGAGGGCAAAUCUAUUCUGGAUAUCGGCAAUGGCUCCAUUAACAUCAGUGAUAUUGGGAAGCAUUCUUGUGUACGUGACCCAUGCCGAAAAGCACGGGGUCCAAGUGAUAGGACAUUUGAAGAAGGGGAUAAAUCCACCUUCAUUUAUGGAUCUCAACUUUGAUUCAAGAUAUCUACCCACAGCAAUCAAGACUGGCAUCAUCACGGGCAUCAUUUCGAUGGCGGAGGGGAUGGCAGUGGGGAGAAGCUUUGCCAUGUUCAAGAAUUAUCACAUUGAUGGAAACAAAGAAAUGAUUGCUUUUGGAAUGAUGAACAUUGUUGGUUCUUGCACCUCUUGCUAUCUUACCACAGGGCCAUUUUCGCGGUCGGCGGUGAACUUCAACGCGGGUUGCAAGACGGCGGUGUCGAACAUAGUGAUGGCGGUGGCGGUGAUGGCGGUGUUGUUGUUCCUGACGCCGUUGUUCCACUACACGCCACUAGUGGUGCUAGCGGCUAUCAUUGUGGCAGCGAUGCUUGGCCUCAUCGACUACGAGGCGGCAACGCAUUUGUGGCACGUCGACAAAUUUGACUUCCUCGUGUGCAUGGCCGCAUACGUCGGCGUCGUCUUCGGCAGCAUUCAGAUCGGACUCAUGCUUGCGAUUGGACUUUCCAUAAUGAGGGUUUUGCUUUUUGUGGCAAGACCAAGAACAUUAGUUCUUGGGAAUCUUCCUGAUUCAAAGGAGUAUAGAAACAUAGAUCAUUAUCAAAAAGCUCAAAGUAUCCCCGGAGUUCUAAUUCUUGAAAUCGACGCUCCCAUUUACUUUGCCAAUUCCAACUACUUGAGAGAGAGGAUUACAAGAUGGAUCGACGAGGAAGAAGAGAGGAUCAAAGCCUCCGGAGAGACUGGAUUGCAGUAUAUUGUGCUCGACAUGAGUGCGGUGGGAAACAUUGAUACAAGUGGGAUUAGCAUGAUGGAUGAGAUUAAGAAGAUGAUUGAUAGAAGAGGGCUCAAGUUGGUGGUGGUGAAUCCGGUGGCGGAGGUGAUGAAGAAGCUCGAUAAAUCGAAGUUUUUGGAAACAUUGGGACAAGAAUGGAUCUUCUUGACGAUCGGAGAAGCUGUGGGAGCCUGUAAUUACAUGCUUCACACGUGCAAGCCACAAGAUUCUGAGAAGUAUAGCAAUAAUGUUUGAGACAAUGUAUGUAUCACUAAGAGGUUGUAUGUGAGAAGGCAAAUUCUUCCCCUACUUGUAUCAUGUGUGUACUCGAUUUCUUCCUAAAUUAAUUAACAAGAAAAUGGGUUGAUUUCCCAUUGUUUC